AGAGGUCAGAAGACACAGAAGAUCCGGGGGACAAGCGCGGUUAUCCAGACUCACUCAAGCCAGCACUUGAAACUACCUCACCUGCACACUUCGGGACCUCCAUUUGCUUGCCUCGCAGUUUAACCGGGAACUGGGAGCAACAGGAUGGAGCAUUUGUUCGUAUUCCGGCUACUCAGCCUAUUCUGGUGCGCGCCAAGUGAAGUGUGGAGUUUCAACCUUUACGCACAGCAUCCCACUGUGUACCAUGGACCGACUGGGAGUUAUUUCGGUUAUUCCGUGGAUUUCUAUCAGGCCAGCCCCAACAGCAACGCGUUCAGUGUGUUGGUAGGUGCUCCAAAAGCCAACACCUCCCAGCCUGGAAUCGUGGAGGCUGGGUCGGUCUACUACUGCCCUUGGCCUGGCCUGCCUGACAGCUGCAAACAAAUACCCUUUGACAAUGCCAAUAACCGCAUGAUAAAGGUAAACGGAAGCAGAGAACCUCUAGAGUUUAAGUCCCACCAAUGGUUUGGAGCAUCUGUGAGGACACACAAAGGCAAAGUAGUGGCGUGCGCUCCUCUCUACCACUGGCGCACUGUGAAGCUAAGCGGGGAGAUGGAUCCCGUGGGUACAUGCUAUGUGGCCGUCCAAAACUUCAGUACCUACGCAGAAUACUCUCCGUGUCGGACCAAUGACCCAGACCCAGAGGGACAGGGCUUCUGCCAGGCGGGCUUCAGUGUGGAUUUCACCAAGGAAGGAAGGCUGGUGGUAGGAGGCCCUGGAAGCUUUUACUGGCAAGGUCAGGUGAUGACAGCAGGCGUAGCCGAGAUACUGAACGGCUACUCCUUGAAGGCCGUGCUAAGACGAGUUCCAGGAGAGAAACACACCGCCGCUGCUGAAGAUACUCAUGAUGACAGUUACCUCGGUUAUUCUGUGGCAACGGGGGAAUUUACUGGUGAUUCGGAACAAGAGCUCCUUGCCGGCGUGCCGAGAGGAGCACAGAACUUCGGAUAUGUGGUGAUGAUCAACUCAUCCAACCUGACUUUCAUUCAGAAUUUCACAGGAGAACAGAUGGCCUCCUAUUUUGGCUAUUCAGUGGCUGUAACUGACCUGAAUGGAGAUGGGACGGAUGAUGUUUUAGUUGGAGCCCCCCUCUAUAUGGAGCGGGAGAUGGAAAGCAAGCCCAAAGAGGUGGGCAGGGUCUACCUGUACCUGCAGAAGGCCCCGCUCACCUUUACCAAAGCUGUCGCACUCACCGGCACGCACACCUUCGGGCGUUUCGGCACAGCUAUAGCACCUCUGGGAGAUGUCAACAACGAUGGAUACAAUGACGUGGCGGUGGGAUGUCCGUUUGGUGGGGAGGAUCGCGGAGGACGAGUAUUGAUCUUUAAUGGCCACAGAGAUGCGACAACGCGAGGCCUGACGCUGAGCCAAGAACUGAAAGCGGCCUCCGCCCCCACCAGGGCUCUGCCCGGUUAUGGCUUCGCCCUGCGAGGAGGCCAGGACCUGGACCGCAACCAAUACCCUGAUUUGAUCGUGGGGUCGUUUGGUGCUGGGGAGGUGUCAGUGUACAGAGCUCAACCUGUUGUAUCUGUGGAUGCAGCAAUGAUCCUGACUCCCAGGAUACUGAAUCCUGAUGACAGGCAGUGUCAACUACCGUUCAGCGAUGCCAUGGUUACCUGCCUGAAGGUGGAUGUGUGUGCAGAAGUGAGUGGAGUAGCCAUCCCAAGCUCUGUGGACCUUAGAGCCGAGUUGCAUUUGGAUUGGUUGAAAGGUGUCCGAGGAGGUGUGAAGCGAGUCCUCUUCUUGGACACUCAGCAGCCUCAGCUCACUGGUCUCUUAACGUUGGGCCACGACCAUCCACAGGCUUGCUUAAGCUACAUCAUUUACCUGAAAGAGGAAGAUGAGUUCCGGGACAAAUUGACUCCAAUCUCAUUGGCUCUGAACUACAGUUUGGCUCCUCCCUCUCGGGGCCAGCAGCUUCCACCAGUCCUAAACUACUAUAGCAGCACCUUCCUCCAAGAACACGCUUACAUUCUGCUGGACUGUGGUGACGACAAUAUUUGCAUCCCGGAUCUCCAUCUUUCUGCCAGCAUGGACCACUCUGAGCUGGUGAUUGGAGACGACAAUUUGGUCAUGUUGACCAUCACUGCAGCAAACAGAGGAGAAGGAGCCUACGAGACGGAGCUCCAUGUGUUGAUCCCAUCAGAGGCCGACUACAUUGGCGUGGAAAGGAGAGUAGAGUCUCUGUCUCAGUUGAACUGCGAAUACAAGAUGGUGAAUGACUCCAGGAUAGUCGUGUGUGACCUGGGCAAUCCAAUGGUGGCCCAAACUGAGCUGUCUGUUGGUUUGCGGUUUUCAGUCCAAAGGCUUGAAGAUGCCGGACCAAAGAUUAGCUUCGACCUACAGAUCCAUAGCUCCAACAAAGACAACCCUGAAAGCAACCCAGUCAGCCUGAAUCUGGCCAUCGUUGCUAAAGCUCAAAUUGAUUUACGAGGGGUGUCUCACCCCUCUCAGGUGGUGUUGCCAUUUCCACGCUGGGAGCCCAAAGAGAAGCCUGUCAAGGAAGAUGAUGUGGGUCCACAGGUCACGCACAUUUAUGAGCUCCAUAACGCGGGUCCCAGUAGUAUUCGGGAAGCCGAGGUUGAGGUCGGCUGGCCUUCCCGCUUCCGUGAUGAGAACCUGCUGUAUGCAAUGGAGAUUAAAACUGAUGGACCAAUAAGCUGUCGGACAAAUAGCAGCCUCAACCCACUGGGACUUCAGAUUUCAACCCUCCAAGAUACCCCAGAACUUCUGGGCUUCUUGAGGAACACAAGCGCACCCCUUCGCCGGCACAAGCGAUCCGCCAGCGCCGCCCACAGUAACAGCGGUAAAACACUGAACUGCACAAACAUCUCCUGCCUGAUAAUCAAGUGUAUUGUGGGCCAUCUGGAUCGUGGCCAGAGUGCUGUCGUUAAGGUCCGGUCGAGAAUGUGGGCACAUACUUUCCUGCAGCGACGUAAUGACCCCUACAUUCUCAACUCGACUGUGUCCUUCAUGGUCCUGGCCAUGCCUUAUCGGGUGCAGCCCCACACCCUGCCUCAUCGCACUAUAUCGAUGGGCACACCCGUAUUAUGGGGGACACCAGACGUGUCCUUUGCCGUUCCACUGUGGGUCAUCAUCCUGGCGAUACUGCUGGGGCUGCUUGUGCUCGCUGUGCUGACACUCGCCAUGUGGAAGUGUGGCUUCUUUGACCGGGCGAGACCACCGGCCGGUGACAACAUCUCUGACCAAGAGCAGCUGACCUCCGAUCAAACAGGGGAUGCCUAAAAGACACAUGGAGCAGAUCCUAAUAAGGAGAGACUGUGGGUUUAAGAGGAAUGUGCACCUUCUGACCAAUACAAAUCCGAACUGAGAUCUGGACUUGUUGGACCUUCUGCCUCUCCAGCUGAUAAGCUGGCCCGUGAGGGGCGGCUGGCCUCAGCCUGCAUCAGGCGGGGACCAAAGAUACUCAGCUCUGACCGCACGAAACCAAAGCACACUUCAGUGGAGGGUUUUGUGGAUUGUUUGUCCGUGGUGAUUGAGGACCACAAGAGAACUGCGUGAGGAAAAAAGUGCUUCAUGCAUUACGCAAACUUCGGUUAAAUUGGACUAAGAGGGGCUUAAUCAAUUCUCAUGUUAAUGUGAUUUUAAACACUCACCAGCCACAAUAUUUGGUACAACUGCACAAUGUUCUCAAUCUGAUCAGUACUGUAUCCUUCCACUAUUUCAUGACGGCUCGGGAGCAAGCCAAAAAAAUGAAAGAAAAGAAAACGCAAGUCACUAACCUAAAAUAUUGUCUUAUAGCACAUAUUUGUGAUUUAAACUGUAAAAACACCACAAAAUAUCAUCUACAAAAAUUAGUUUACGGAUUGGAAAAAACGCCACAUAAAGUGUUGUUUACGGUGGUAUGAAAAAGUGAAAAAGUGUGAUCUGAUCGUUGUCAAAAUCACACAGAUGAAAAUACAGUGUCUGCUUUAACUAAAACCACCCAAACAUUCAUAGGUUUUCAUAUUUUAAUGAGGAUAGCACGCAAACAAUGAGGGGGAAAGGGGGAAAAUUAAGUAAGUGAACCCUUUGCCUAAGGAGACUUAAAGAGCAAUUGAAACAAUUUUUUACCAAACAUUUUAAGUCAGGUGUGUGCCCAAUCACUGAUGAGUGGUUUAAAGCUGCCCUGCCCACUAUAAAACACACACCUGGUAAGAAAUGUCUUGAUGAGAAGCUUUGUCUGAUGUGCAUCAUGGCUCGGUCAAAAGAGCUGUCUGAAGACCUGCGAUCAUGGAUUGUUGAUUCUUAUAAAGCUGGGAAAGGAUACAAAACUAUCUCUAAAAGUCUGGAUGUUCAUCAAUCGACAGUCAGAGAAGUUUUCUACGAACGGAGAGAGUUUGGCACUGUUGCUUCUGUCCCAAGGAGUGGCAGUCCACCAAAGAUCACACCAAGAGUUCAGCGCAGAAUACUUAGAGAGGUACAAAAAAGAACCCUAGCGUGUCUGCUAAAGAUUAACAGAAAUCACUGGCACAGUCUAAUAUUAACACAUCAACUACAUGUAAAACUAUGGCCAAAAAUGGGUGGUAGUUAAAGCAGACAGUUUUUUCAUCUGUGUCUUUUUGGCAAAAAUCAGAUCACAUCACAUUUGAUGGUGAUUUUAUCCAGAAAUGGGAGAAAUUCCAAAAGGUUCAGAUACUUUUUCAUACCACUGUAUCUAUAUGGUGACCAUUUCACCUCUUGUUAAAAGUUGCUCCGGACAGGUUCUAGCUCAUGCAUAACCUGAAUAAAGACGGGGUGACUAAGUUGGACAAGUAGGACAAGUAGUGGUACAAGUGGUUCUUGUUUGUGAUAGUCAAAAUAUUUGCUGUAAAUGUUCCAAGGCAUUUCUCAAACUUUUCCCCUUGUAAAUUAAAAAAAAAAAAAAAAAAAAAAAAACGUUAGGAACACC